GGCAGUUUCGUGUGUUACACCGUGGCGUGUGCACACAAGAUCCACAUAAGUUUUAUGUUCGAGGUGGGCACAAAAGGCACCCUGAGAGAUCGGCGGUGGCUUUCUUCGGAGGAACAAGUUUUCCAGGUGUCAUCCAGGUGUACGAACCGAUAGUCCAGUCUCGUGUAUGUACUCUCGUUCGUGAUAAAUAAAAGUAAAAGUCUCGUGGAAUCGCUUUAAACGUAUCGAACCGCGCGGAUCUACAGUUUCGAAAGAGGACGUCUUUGUUCUGACGUUGGCGCUUCUUGUGAUCGUAACUGUGAUGUGACAAGUUUCGUGGAUGAACUCUGUGUGACAUUUAUGACAAGCUGAUCAGCUGGAACCGAGGCGCGUGCGGUAUCCGACACUGGAGGUGUUGUGAGAGGUUCCGGCAAGGCACGGGCACCGGAAGUCCCCAGGACUGGCAGCGAGUUACGUAGAAACAUGGAACGUGGUCUGCACGAGCGUGACCGCGUCGGUGUCCAGGACUUCGUUCUUCUCGAGGACUUCCAGAGCGAGGACGCGUUUAUCGAUAAUUUGCGAAAGCGUUUCAACGAGAAUCUGAUCUAUACGUAUAUUGGUCAAGUGCUGAUAUCAGUGAAUCCCUACAAGAAAUUACCAAUUUACAACUCGGAAACCAUUCAAUACUACCAUGGAAGAAAUUUCUUCGAAGCUCCACCGCACAUCUUCGCGCUUUCUGAUACUGCUUAUCAAUCUUUGUUGAAGGAGAAUCUGGACCAAUGUAUUCUCAUUUCCGGCGAAUCCGGUUCAGGGAAAACCGAAGCUUCGAAGAAGGUGCUAGAGUUUAUCGCAGCUGCCACUGGGCACAAGAAACAAGUGGAAGAAGUAAAUGACAAAUUGAUCGGUAGCAAUCCGGUGCUCGAAGCUUUCGGGAACGCGAAAACUAAUCGCAAUGAUAACUCGUCCCGUUUCGGCAAGUACAUGGAUAUCCAAUUUAAUUUCCAGGGAGAUCCAAUCGGUGGAAACAUCUUGAAUUACCUACUCGAGAAAUCACGAGUAGUGCAUCAAUUUACGGGAGAGCGUAAUUUUCAUAUAUUUUAUCAAUUAUUAGCCGGAGCGAGCGAGGAGACUUUGCGGAAGUUAUAUCUCAAGAGAAAUUUAGAUACGUACUAUUACCUUACCAAUGGGACGAAAGGCACCGUAGACAGUAUCGACGAUACGACUCAGUAUAAUGAAGUAAUAAAGGCGAUGAAGACUAUGGAGAUGACUCAGCAGGAACAGGAUGACUUAUUCGCAAUAGUUGCAUCGGUAUUGCACAUGGGAAAUGUUGGUUUUACCGAGGAAGAUAGUGUCGCGCAAAUCUUAAAACCAGCUUCUGUCGAGGCAGUUGCCGCUUUAUUGGGUUGCGACAUAAAGCAGUUGGCGGGGGCUUUUACAAAUCGCACCAUAGACGCCCACGGUGACGUUGUCGUUUCCCCGUUAAACAGAGAAUUUGCGAUUUAUGCACGGGACGCGUUGGCGAAAGCUGUAUAUGACAGACUGUUCACAUGGCUCGUGACCAGAUUGAAUAAAUCCUUGCAGCCGAUUAACUAUCCACGUAAGAAAAUGGUCAUAGGAAUCCUGGAUAUUUAUGGUUUCGAAAUCUUUCAGAAGAACAGCUUCGAACAGUUCUGUAUAAAUUACUGCAAUGAGAAGUUGCAGCAACUUUUUAUUCAAUUGACAUUGAAAUCGGAACAAGAGGAGUAUUUGAGAGAGGGUAUAACGUGGGAAAAUGUUCAAUAUUUUAAUAAUAAAGUCAUUUGCGAUUUAAUCGAAGAAAAAUAUAAAGGUAUAAUAUCCUUAAUGGAUGAAGAAUGCCUCCGUCCCGGAGAACCAACCGAUUUGAGCUUCCUGGAAAAAUUGAAUGUAAAUUUGAAUAAUCAUCCUCAUUACAUAAGCCAUAUGAAAGCAGAUCUACAAACACAGAAAGUUAUGGGACGUGAUGAGUUUAGAUUGGUACAUUACGCUGGCGAAGUAACAUACAACGUCCGUGGGUUCCUUGAGAAGAAUAAUGAUUUAUUAUAUAGGGAUUUGCGUGAAGUAAUGUCGCACACGACGAACUCGAUUAUUAAGAACGUGUUUGACGUAAAAGAUUUGACCAGUAAAAAACGACCAGAUACUGCUAUUACGCAAUUUAAAAACAGUUUAAAUAAUCUGGUGGAGAUUCUUAUGGGCAAAGAACCUUCUUAUAUUCGUUGUAUUAAGCCCAAUGACUAUAAAAUGCCUAAUAAAUUCAACGAGAAAAUUAUACUGCAUCAAGUAAAGUAUUUAGGUCUUAUGGAAAAUUUAAGAGUAAGGCGAGCUGGUUUUGCCUACAGAAGGCCGUAUGAACAAUUCUUACAACGUUAUAAAUCUCUGUGUCCACAAACAUGGCCAAACUAUCAUGGUCCCGCUAAAGAAGGUGUACAGGUACUCGUAUGUCAUCUUGGUUUCGAAGAAGAUGAAUACAGGAUGGGCAAUACAAAAUUAUUCAUUCGAUUCCCUAAGACAUUAUUCGAUACGGAAGACGCCUUCCAGAUGAAGAAGCAUGAGAUAGCUGCUAUUAUUCAAAGUAAAUGGAAAUGUAUAUUAAUAAGACGAAGGUAUUUAAACAUGAGAAAGGCAGCAAUAGUUUUUCAAAAGUAUAUUCGAAGAUGGUUGGGGAAACAGGAAGCUGAAAGAAGACGAAAAGCAGUUAUUAUUAUUCGACGAUUUAUCGAAGGAUUUAUUACACGAAAUGGGCCACCAACAGAGCUUAACAUCGCUUUUAUCGAGCUAGCAAAAUCUCAGUGGUUAAUCAAGCUCUCUAAGUCACUUCCAGUUGGUGUGUUAAAUAAUUAUUGGCCACCAUGUCCAUAUUCUUGUCGAGAAGCCUCAGAGCAUUUGCGCAUCAUAUACAAAAAAUGGAAAGCUCGGAAUUAUAGAUUGGCUUUGUCAAAAGAGGAUAAGCAGCAAUUCGAAUUAAAAAUUUUGGCUGAAUCUCUCUUCAAAGACAAAAAGAAAUCUUAUGCAAAGAGUUUUGGACCAAAGUUCAAGAAUGAUCGGCUUGGUCCCGAAUACAAUGCCUUGAGACAGAGUUUCAUUAAUAAUCAUCUUUCUAAAAAUGAAACUAUAAAAUAUGCGACUCCUGUUAUUAAAUAUGAUCGACAUGGUUAUAAACCCCGUGAAAGGGUAUUAAUUUUAACAGAGCAUGCUGUGUAUAUUUUAGAUACCUUAAAAACGUUCAAACUUAAACAUCGAUUACCUUAUAAAUCAAUUGAAGAGUUGGUGGUUACUGGAGAAUCGGACAAUUUAUUGAUCGUUAGGAUACCACCCGAAUUAAAAAAGGAUAAGGGUGAUUUAAUUUUGGAGGUACCACAUAUCAUAGAAGCAUUAACAAAAGCAAUUGAUAUCACUAAUAACCCAAAUAUUCUUAAAAUUGUUCAUACGGAAUCGGUGUCACAUAAACUAGUCAGUGGUAAAGAAGGUGUGAUUGAAUUCAGAACUGGUACAACUCCAGCCAUUAGUAAAAACAGACAAAGUGGACAUUUAUUAGUGGUGGCUUCUCCAUAAAGUUCAAAUAAUAUUUUAAACGAACUUGUACUUAGAAAGAAGCGUUCAGCCUACAAAAUACGAUACGUAACGCAGCCUUAAUCGAUGUGAUCUAGAGUGGAAGUUUAUUAAGAAGAGAUAAUAUAUUAAAAUUUAGUACAUUUAUCAAAUGGAACUCACAAUUUUGUACCUUGUUAUAUGAGUUAUGUAAAAUAUCUUGUGAAAUAAUGUUUAUUUUUGUAAUUAGCGCAUUAUCAGCGAAAUGAAAACCUUUCGCCGUCGAUGUGAAUCAAUUAAAAACGAAACCCUUGUGCCUUCUAAGAAACUAUUGUCGGAUAAUCGCACAAAAAAGUAAUUUAUUACGGGAUGUUUUGCAGGUGCACUGAAAAUUAUUAUUUUCUUUUUAUAUUUAUAUCCUAUAAGACACUGUGCCAUUGAUUUCAUGUUCAGAAUUAUCUUAUAAAAUAACAAUACAAAUUAAAAUAAUGAUCUUAAAUCUUAA